AACUUUUGAACCACCAUGAAGGAAGAGUCUCUGUUUGACGAACUUCUUGAAAAGGAGAUUGAAAUCAAUGAGGGCGACAUCAGCAAGGUGUACAAUCGUCUUCAGGAGGCGUUUCUAGCCAAGUACAACCGGCUGUCCAAAUUGUUUGCCGAAGAGCGCGGACAGCGAGAGCUUUUGAACUUCUACAAAAGACGAAAUAAUGCUCUUUUGGAUAUACUAGCUGAAGCAGAGUCAGAACCGGCUCCAGUGGACGACAAAGAGCUUCAGGCAAGAAUUGAGAAUGUGGUUGAACUCAACCCGAAUUUGAAGGACUUGGAGGUGUUGAAAGACAUUGAUUCUGCAAAAGUAAGCACUAAGCUCAAGCUUAGUCUUUUAUUGGAUGAAUCUAUCUCUGACUUUCAAAUCGACGAUCUGGUGAAUAUCGAAAAGAAUCCUGAAGAUAUCGAGUUCUGGUUACGAAGAAACUAUUCCAACUUGGUGCUAUCCAGGUUCAAACCGAUCUACUUUAGUAAUAAUCGGUUGAAAAAACCGGAUAAUAUUCUCGAUAAUUUGAAUACCAGUUUGAACAAUCACGUCAACAUGGGGGGAAAAAAGAAGAAAAAGCUAGAAAAGAUUGAGAAGUAGUGGGUGGUGAUUAGUUAUAAAUGUACAUUAAUUUUGG